CUAAACUUAAAAGAAGUAGGAGUAUUUGGUUCGUUCCUAACGGAUCCCGGAAUAUGCCAUUUUAUUGUUGAAAAAGACUGAACCGGCGAAAAAAAGGAGCUUAAAAGUGACGCAGAAAACCCCAUUCCUUUUCUGUAUAUUUUCCAACGACUCCACUUGUGCUCCAAUUCAGAUUUCCAGUCUACGAUGCCGGAAGAGACGACGUCCAUAGAUUACGUAAUGGAGGCCGCCUCCGGUCCUCAUUUCUCCGGCUUACAUCUUGAUGCCCAAUUCCUUUCUUCCCCAAGAUCUCUUUCUUCCUCCCUACUUGCCGACUCAAUCAAACAGCCUUUCGUCAUAGGGGUUUCCGGAGGUACUGCUUCCGGUAAGACGACGGUUUGUGACAUGAUUAUUCAACAGCUUCAUGAUCAUCGUGUUGUUCUCGUCAAUCAGGAUUCAUUUUAUCGUGGUUUGACUGCUGAAGAAUCUGAACGUGCCCAUGAGUAUAAUUUUGAUCACCCUGAUGCUUUUGACACAGAGCAAAUGCUAGAGUGUGUUGAAAAGCUCAAACAAGGAAACUCAGUACAUCUUCCAAUAUAUGACUUUAAAAACCACCGCAGGUGCUCUGAAUCCUUCCGCCAGGUGAAUGCAUCUGAUGUAAUCAUCUUGGAGGGGAUACUGGUAUUUCAUGACCAAAGGGUUCGUGACUUAAUGAACAUGAAGAUAUUUGUUGACACAGAUGCGGAUGUGAGGCUUGCACGUAGAAUAAGGCGAGACACAGUUGAGAGGGGUAGGGAUGUCAAUUCUGUCCUUGAGCAGUAUGCUAAGUUUGUAAAACCUGCUUUUGAUGAUUUUGUUCUUCCAUCCAAAAAGUAUGCUGAUGUCAUCAUACCACGAGGUGGCGAUAAUCAUGUUGCAAUAGAUUUGAUUGUGCAGCAUAUACGCACAAAGCUUGGCCAACACGACCUUUGCAAAAUAUAUCCAAACGUAUAUGUGAUUCAGUCAACAUUCCAGAUUCGAGGAAUGCACACACUGAUUCGAGAUAAGGAUAUUUCAAAGCAUGAUUUUGUGUUUUACUCAGAUCGAUUAAUCCGACUGGUUGUGGAGCAUGGGCUUGGUCAUUUACCGUUUACUGAGAUGCAAGUAGUCACACCAACAGGAUCAGUAUAUAGUGGAGUUGACUUUUGCAAAAAACUGUGUGGUGUCUCUAUUGUUCGAAGUGGUGAGAGUAUGGAGAAUGCAUUGCGUGCAUGUUGCAAAGGUAUAAAAAUUGGAAAAAUCCUUAUCCACCGUGAUGGUGACAAUGGGAAGCAGCUUAUCUAUGAAAAGCUUCCAAAUGACAUUUCUGAAAGACACGUGCUUCUCCUUGAUCCAGUUCUUGCUACAGGUAAUUCGGCUAACCAGGCAAUUGAACUGCUGAUACAGAAAGGAGUACCGGAAUCAUACAUAAUAUUCCUCAACCUCAUCUCAGCUCCAGAGGGAAUCCAUUGUGUUUCAAAAAGGUUUCCAGCAGUGAAGAUAGUUACAUCAGAGAUUGAUGUUGCUUUGAAUGACGAGUAUCGUGUCAUACCUGGUCUUGGGGAGUUUGGUGACCGUUACUUUGGCACUGAUGAUUGAUUGGGUGUAACCAUCUGUCAUGAGGUUUCUUUUAAAAAAAAAAAAAAAAAAAAAAAAAAUUCUUUUCUCCUAAGCAGCAACCAACCUUAAAGGCCGGGUGGGUUUUGCAAUGGAAGAAGUUUCAUUCUGUACUUGUAAGUGGUACCCUCGUGUGUUUUGGUGGGUGGUCAUUGGGUGUAUUUGCUUGUAAAUAUUAACGCCACAGGGCAUGGAUUUUACACACGCUUUUUUGGGGGCCCAGACCAGAAUUGAUCUUUUAGAAAGUUCAAAUCAAAUAUGGACAUCUUCAUCUUCA